GUCAGCAGCACCUGCGGCUUCUCUGGCCCGCCGGCCGCAGAUCGGGACACGUCGUGGGCGAGUCGGCCGAGCCGGGGGGACCCGGGCCCGCUGUUCCAGGAGGUCCCUGGCGUGGAGGCGGGCGUGCUGGAGAGGGUGCGCGCCCCGGGCGGUUCCCUCGAGGAGAAGCUGGAGCUGGUCCUCGGCUCCGUCCGGGCCAGUGCCCGCCGCCUCGAGGGCAUGCAGCUGGAGCUGAGGCACCGGGCCAUGAGCCAGUGGCGCCAGGACGGAGCGGAGCCCCUCCCGCAGCAGGUCGGCGAGGCCGUCUCCGAGGGGACCUACCAGGAGGCUUUCCUGGACGCCUUCGACGGGCAGGCCUUCCCGCUGUACGCCGAGGAGGUGGCGCCGGCCCACGUGUACAGCCUGGCCCUGGAGGUGCACUCCGGGGGCCCGUACUGGUGCAACAUACCCGUGCGGGAGACAGGCAGCGUGAGGCACCGGGUGGAGACCGUCAGCGCUUCCUCCGCGGCCGAGGGCUCCGCGUCCGCCGUGUCCCACUUCGGGGCGGCUCAGCGGGGUGCCGUCUUCGUGUGGCGGUGGCGGCACCUGCGGGACGCCGGGCCGCACGAGCUGCCCGCGUGGCUGCAGAAGGCCCUCGGCUCGGAGGGCAACGACCCCGUGCGCAAGCUGCAGGCCGAGCUGGAGGCCGUACGGCGCUGGGCGGGGCAGCAGCGCCUGGCCACCGCCCAGCGUGCGAAGGGGGCCAACGAGGUAAAGGACAUCUACAUGCGCGAGGUGCUGCGCCUGUGGCCGUGCGAGCCAGACCCGCACGGCUCGGAGCAGCUGAAGCCGUGCGCGUGGGUGGAGGGCCUCGACGCGAAGCUCUUUGUGGGCCGCAGCGUGCUGGUCUGCCGCGCCUGGUACGACGAGGACCACGCCCUGGCCCUCCACGCGGCCAUCGCCCGAAGGCACGCGCAGGGCGCCUCCCAGGAGGGCGGCCCGCCCUACCGGCUGACUGCCGCGUGGCGCUGGACCGCCGGGCGCACCGCCGCCGCCGAACAGGCCGCGCCCGCGGAGGCGGUCGAAGAGCGGGGGCAGCGCGCGGCCGCCGACCAGGCCGCCCCCGCAGCGGCAGCCGAGGAGCCUCUGCGGCACGCCGGCGCGUGA